AUGCUUGGCACGCAGCGUCAGUGCACCCUGUCCCAGUUUGUCACCGAGGCAGCCGCAGGCCAGUAUCCCGCCACAAGGCUGGCUCACAGGCCCAAGGCCUUCCAGGAAGCCAGGGUUGAGCUCGCGCGAGUGUCCAUCACGUUCGACAUCCCCGAGGCCUCCAGCACCAGCACAGACUUGAUGGAAACUGUCAGGAAGAGACGGGACAAAGAGGGCACCGCAGGAGCGGUGUUGGCGAGAGAGCUGGACAGCAGCCAUGGAGGGCCUGACAGCGCUGCCAUUAAGCAGGCCAUGGACACAGACCCCUUCCUGCCAAAUUUGAGGAAACAGGAUCUGAGCACAGAAUCACGCAGUAGAAGGUUGUCCCCGCUGGCCUCGGCGAAAGCAGGUGAGGCGGCCCACGGUUUCCCGAAGGUGCCCGCCGCCGGGCCUGCCCAAGCCCCGGACCCGCUCUUCCCCCAGCGGUCCAGGCUGCAGAGGCUGCAGAACCUCACCCUGGCCAAGACCACCAGGCUCCCGCUACCCAGCAGCACGGAGAACAUCCCUGCUGACCCAGACCGCAGCGAGACCGCAGCGAGACUCGGCUUUCGCAAUGCUGAGGAACGCUGCUCCGUGGAAUCGGAGCACCAAGACCACCUUCCCAUUCUGCAGUAGCCCCCUUUUCCACCGCGUCGGAACCUGAACACUGAGAAACCUGGCCUACGGGCUGGCCUACCUGUUCCUCUGUCUGUUUCAGGCUUUAGUGGGACUGUAGGUGGGGCUGACUGGGGGACUUGUGGCUUGGUGAUGGCCCUGAGCCAAGACAUGCCUGAGUGGCUCAGGGUCCAGUUAUUACAUCAUACAACACUUUUUUUUAAGGGAAUCACGAAGCAGAUUUUUAAAAAAUCGUUUAUUUUUGAAGAUAGGUUAGCUAGUAAAGCUGUGAGAAAUGACCAAAGUCAGACUGACAGAAAAACCAACCAUGUAAAUACAAAGAAGCGGGUUGUUUACAGUCCAACUGGUGUAAUGCAUCUGUUACAAGUUGAUUGGUCCGGUUUCAAUUAUAUCAAUAUCUCAGGAAAAUUGGCAUCUGUAAUGAAACUUCUGGAGGACAAGGUGACUCUUGUUAAUACUGGCUAGCUGUUAUUAUCAAAUACUAUCAAAUAUUUAUUUUUUAGGGGUCGUUAUUUGAAUAUUGAAGAGGAGUAUUUGCUGCAGUUGAAUAUGUUUGUUUGAAUUCUAUUUGGAUCGGUUUGUGUUAAUAAAGUAUCAAUUAAUAGAACCUGAGAUACUACCCUCUGUUUUCCCCUUUUUUCUUCCUUUCCUCACUUUUAAGUGACAGAUUCAAGACCUUUAAAUGGAAAAUUUUCAGACCCCAAACUUUGUAUUAGUUGUAUAAAUACACAUUUAUUUUCUGCUUACACUGUUUAAAGAAUGAUUACCCUGGAGAAGGGAAGGUAAUACAAAAUCGGAUUAAAUUUGGGAGCUGAUCCGGGUGAUCUUACCAUAAGCUGUCAAACUGUUCUGUUUCCAAGGCAACAAAAUUGUAACUGUUUGAAUUAGUUCAUAGUUUUAAAUUAAUUGGAAAAGAGCUAAUCUCUGUUGUUGGGGGAUACCACCACUGAAUCUAUCCAUAAAGUGAAUUCUGAAUCUUUCACAGAAACUUUAGUAUUGUGCAUUUGUUAUAAUUUGGCUUGAGACCAGAUAAAGGGGGAAAAAUGGUCUAGGGUCUUCAUUAAAACAUUUCAGUAGUGAAGGUUGUGGGCUCAGCAGGAAACGUAUAUCAUCAGCAUAUACUGAGACCAUUUUUAACCCCUGAAUUUCUAAUGUCUGCAUAUUUGAUCAUACAUUACAGUAUGUAAAAACAGCAAUAUUGGGAAGUCUUGUUUUACACCCCUUUAUGACCAUUAUUUAUAACUUUACAUGUGGGAUUGCUGCGUGUAACAUUUACCCAUAUUAUGACAGAUUACCCGAAGUUGAAGAAUUCUGGGUAUUUUUAGACAAGGUCCAGUUCAACUUUAUCAGAAGCUUUCAAAUGUUGAUAUUUUGUAAUUAUUUCAAUUCCCUAUUCCCCAACCUGAUUUCAGUAAAAGCCCAGACUGAUCAUGGUGGAUUAUAUAAGGCAAAUUCCUUUUGAUAUGAGAAUGUGUACAUUUUUGCCUGUAAUUUGGCUUCACAGGACUAGAUUAGAUUAGUUUAUAUUCAUAAUUUAGGUGGAAAUAAAGUGCAACAAAUGCAAUUAUGUUGGGGAAAAUGCACAAAUGAUGUUAAAUGUUCUCCUUUAGGUUGUAAUGAAAUACUGAGAGAUCACAUAUAUAAAACAGGCAAACACACUCCCUGGUUCAUAAACUCCUUGACCACAAGUGUGCAAUAUCUGAGGGUGAAGUAUGGAACUACUAAAGAUCUAUUAAGCAAAAAGUAAGCAGUGUAGGCUACUCUGGUGUCCCCACGUGUCUCCAAAUCUAUCCUAAAGGUAUAAAUUGUGCAAUGCUGUAAAUCAUAGCAUAAUCAUGUAUUUCAUUACUUAUCCAUUGUUGUGACUCGUGAAACUCCCUUUUCCAUCAUUGUCAAGUGGGAAUUACUUAUAUUUAUCUGAACGACAGUCUUCUGUCUGAUAAACAAUAAACGUGCCAAUAUUC